AUGAUGCCUGAAUAAUACUUUACAGCAAAUAUGUGUAACUCUUCCAUUCCGUUUUUAGGUUUGAGAUAGUAUUCUACCUAACCAGGGGAAGUCACUCUAUUGCUGAGUGCUCGUAGUGAACUGAACGAAGUAAUAUUUAUACCUGUUGUAGUUUGUCUGUGGUCCUUGGAGAGGACGCAAAAAUGGUGUUAGGAUCCAUCUCCGACAAGGGUAGCCACUGUCUCGAAGCAGAUGACAACUUACUGGUAGCCAGUUCCCCUCAAACAUCCGACAAAACCCACUUGUUGUCAAAAUGCGGGAGUCGUGUGUUGAGCCAGGCCAACGUGCAACAGUGUCGAUUAUACGAUCGUCGCUGUCAAACACUAUUUGAGUAUUUACACUAUGGUAUUUCAGACACCUCAGUCACAGCAAGAAAAACAGGCCACUUUGGUUCUCUCCUGCUGUCGAUGAGGUGUGCCUUCUGUCGCCGACAGGGAAAUCAGCCAUGCAUCGAUCGAGUUUGUUCCUUGAUAUCAGAAAGUCACUAAAUAUGGCGAGACGAUAACUACACACGAGUGAGUGAGUGAGUAGCGGUUUAUGACGUUAGUGACAAUAUUCAAGCAAUAUACCAUGUAUAGGAAUAAAUUUGUUUGGUAGCCACACCGCGUUUUUCCUAGGAUCAUGCAUUAAACGAUGACUAAGUUGAUGCAUUGCAUUGUGUCCCAAUUGCGUCGAUCGAUGCUCAUGAUAUCAAUCACGAAAUGUCUGGUCCAGUCUCGAUUAUUUACAGACAGCUGUAACCAUACUCCCUCACUCACUCAAAGGAUUAUAAAACGAUACUAAUGUAUAUUCUAUGACGAACUUUUGUUUUAUUUUGGCAUUAUGAAAUAAAAAAUGCAGUUUUCAUCAAAAAUGCAAUGCAGAUAAUGCCGAUGUAGAGAUGAUGAUGUUCAGUGGUGACCGCAAAUAAAGAAUUGUUUGAUUCAAA